CUCUCUACCCACAGAAAGUAGAGAAUGGGCUGUGUCCAAUGUAAGGAUAAAGAAGCAGCAAAACUCACUGAUGACCGGGAGACCAGCCUUUCACACAACUCGGGGUACCGCUAUGGGUCUGACCCCACGCCGCAGCACUACCCCAGCUUCGGGGUCACCACCAUCCCCAACUACAACAACUUCCACAGCGGCGCCACACAGGGGGUGACGGUGUUCGGAGGUGUGCACACAUCCUCGCAGUCUGGGACGCUGCGGUCCCGGGGAGGAACAGGGGUGACUCUGUUUGUGGCUCUUUACGACUACGAAGCCAGGACCGAGGAUGACCUCAGCUUCAGAAAGGGGGAGAGGUUCCAGAUCCUCAACAGCACUGAGGGAGACUGGUGGGAGGCUCGCUCUCUCACUACAGGUGGAACUGGUUACAUUCCCAGCAAUUACGUGGCUCCAGUGGACUCAAUCCAGGCUGAGGACUGGUAUUUUGGUAAAUUAGGCCGAAAGGAUGCAGAGAGGCAGCUGCUCUCCAACGGCAACGCCAGAGGCACUUUCCUCAUCCGUGAGAGUGAAACAACCAAAGGGGCCUACUCCCUCUCCAUCCAGGACUGGGAUGACAUCAAGGGAGACCACGUCAAACACUAUAAAAUUCGCAAGCUGGACAGUGGAGGUUACUACAUCACCACCAGGGCCCAGUUUGAGACGCUCCAGCAGUUGGUGCAGCACUACUCUGCGAGGGCCGCAGGGCUUUGCUGCAGACUGAUCGUACCGUGCCACAAAGGCAUGCCUCGCCUGACCGACCUGUCCGUCAAAACCAAAGACGUGUGGGAGAUCCCGCGGGAGUCGCUGCAGCUCAUCAAACGUCUCGGCAACGGCCAGUUUGGAGAGGUCUGGAUGGGCACAUGGAACGGCACCACAAAGGUGGCGGUGAAGACUCUGAAGCCUGGCACCAUGUCACCCGAAUCCUUCCUGGAGGAGGCUCAGAUCAUGAAGAAGCUCCGACAUGACAAGCUGGUGCAGCUCUACGCCGUGGUGUCCGAAGAGCCCAUCUAUAUUGUCACAGAGUACAUGAGCAAAGGGAGUUUGCUUGAUUUCCUCAAAGAUGGAGAAGGGCGAACCCUCAAACUGCCAAAUCUAGUAGACAUGGCAGCUCAGGUGGCAGCAGGCAUGGCAUAUAUUGAGCGGAUGAACUACAUCCACAGAGACCUGCGUUCUGCCAACAUCCUGGUUGGAGAAAGUCUGGUGUGUAAGAUUGCUGACUUUGGUCUGGCCAGGCUCAUCGAGGACAAUGAAUACACAGCAAGACAAGGUGCAAAGUUUCCCAUUAAGUGGACUGCUCCUGAGGCUGCGCUCUAUGGGAAAUUCACCAUCAAGUCAGAUGUGUGGUCAUUUGGCAUCCUGCUGACAGAGCUAGUGACCAAGGGCAGAGUGCCCUAUCCAGGCAUGAACAACCGCGAGGUGCUGGAGCAGGUUGAGCGAGGCUACCGAAUGCCGUGCCCUCAGGACUGUCCCACGUCCCUGCACGAGCUGAUGGUGCAGUGCUGGAAGAAAGACCCGGAGGAGAGGCCCACCUUCGAGUACCUGCAGGCCUUUUUGGAGGACUACUUCACUGCCACUGAGCCUCAGUACCAGCCGGGGGAUAACCUCUGAGCGCCGCUGCC